AUGGAGUGCUUUAUUGACAAUAAGCAUUUCCUCCCUCUCUCUCUCUCUCUUUCACUCCCUCUGUCUUUCCACAUGCCUCUGCGCCUCGGAGAUGAAUGCCCCGAAAUCGUCAUAGCAACCACCACAGCACUAAAACCCCAAUCUCAUCUUGGCAACCCCACAAACUCUCAAACUAUCACUUCUGACUCCGGGUGCAUAAAGAGGGUGUUUGUCUGCCUGAAGGGUCCUAAAGUGUUAAAGCUUGUUGUCAGCAGUGAAAAGGAGGCAGCCCUGUGGGGAAAUCAGCUCUCUGGGUGGAGAGGGGUGGAUGUGAGUAGGGGAAGUGUCAUUGGGAGAUGGUCAAACGAGGGAGGUGGAGUCGAAGAAAGGCUGAGAUUGGACAGAUUUGGAAAAGAGAUGUCAAAUUGA